UUGUGUGCAGCCAUAUAUAAUAAAUAUGCAAAAAAGUAUUUAUAAAUAGUAAAUCUUCAUAAAUAGUAAAUCUUCAUAAAAUAUUUUGCUAUGGAAAAAUGGUUAAAAAAUAAAGAUCUACUCAAUGCUGUGUUUUUCACUGAUAAAGAUGUCAUUCAAAGAAAUUCAGUUACUGCAAAAGAUUUUUGGUUGUUCUUGGAAAAGUAUGAGCGCUUUAAUGCACAAAAUAGAAAAACAUAUGAUACUGUCAUAAAGACAAAUUUGUAUAAUAUACCUGAAAAAUAUAGUAAACACUAUAAGGUUAACUUUGAGUUAUCCCGAGAUGUUAUUAAGAAAAGGUUCAAUAUGUUUAGAAAAGAUACUUCGCUCAAAAUGGAUGAUAUGAUGGAAUUUCAAAAAGUUAUUUUAUAUUACUUAGACUUUGUUCAAAAAAAAAGUUUUUCAAAGCUGCUGAAAUUAAAGCAAGAUCAAAAUAACCUUCCAAUUAAGCAAUACGAGCAGAGUAUAGUUUAUGCUCUUCAACAAAAUCAAGUUGUUAUUGUUGCAGGAGACACUGGUUGUGGAAAGUCAACACAGGUUCCACAAUAUUUACUUUUAAAUGGAUACUCCAACAUAGCUUGUACACAACCUCGUCGUUUAGCAUGCAUCUCACUAGCAAAGAGAGUUGGUUUUGAAACAUUAAAUGAAUACAAGUCAGAUAUAGCUUAUCAGGUGCGUUUUGAGACAAAUCGAACUAAAAACACAAAAGUUGUAUUUUUAACUGAAGGCCUACUAUUGCGACAAUUCCAAUCAGAUCCCAAUCUCUCCAUGUACGAUGUGGUGGUUGUAGAUGAGGUUCAUGAAAGACAUAUAAAUGGUGACUUUUUACUUGGUGUAUUGAAGUGUCUUCUUCAGCACAGAUCUGAUUUGAAACUUAUUCUAAUGUCGGCUACCAUUAAUAUAGAUCUUUUUGCUAGCUAUUUUCAUGAUGCUCCUGUUAUUCAGGUUCCAGGAAGGUUGUAUCCAAUAGAGUUACAAUAUAUGCAACAUUUUGUUCAGAAAAGUGAGCUAAAAGAUAAACAUGAUCGCCUUGAUCCAAGUCCUUAUUUAAAAGUUAUGCAGCUGAUUGACAAAAAGUAUCCUUCAAGCGAGAGAGGUGAUCUUCUAAUAUUUAUGAGUGGCAUGAGUGAAAUUGCAGCAGUGGUUGAAGCUGCAAAAGAAUAUGCAGCUAAAAGUAAAUCAUGGAUUAUCCUACCUUUGCAUAGCUCAUUAUCAGUUGAAGAACAAGAUAAGAUAUUUGAUGUAGCUCCUGAUGGUGUUCGUAAGUGUAUUGUCUCUACAAAUAUUGCUGAGACGUCAAUCACAAUUGAUGGAGUGAGAUUUAUUGCGGAUUCAGGAAAGGUUAAAGAAAUGAGUUACGAUCCUCAAGUAAAAAUGCAAAGAUUACAAGAAUUCUGGAUUAGCCAGGCAAGUGCUGAACAGCGCAAAGGAAGGGCAGGUCGCACUGGGCCUGGAGUUUGUUUCCGUUUGUACUCUGAAGAAGAUUAUUGUGAGUUUUCAAACUAUUCAACGCCUGAGAUACAUCGCGUACCACUUGAUACACUUGUGUUACAUAUGGCUAGUCUUGGUUUGCGGGACGCUACAAGAUUUCCAUUUAUAGAACCACCUAUGAAAGCAAGUCUUGUAAAUGCUACAUACUUUUUAAAGCUUCAAAAUGCUUUAAACACUGAUGGCACUUUGACUCCUCUUGGUCGCAUGCUUUCCCGUUUGCCAGUUGAUAUUGUUAUUGGAAAGAUGUUAGUCAUGGGCAGUUUGUUUAGUAUAAUUGAGCCAAUUUUAGUUAUUGCGACGGCGUUAAGUGUGCAAAGUCCGUUGACAAAGCGUUUUGAUAGUAACGCCGAGUCUUGUGAUAUUAAAAGGAAAGAGUUGUUUUCAGAACACGGAGAUCCUUUUACUUUAUUAAGCGCAUACGAUGAAUGGAUAAUUGUAAAAUCUGAUCGCAGAUCUAACUCCCGAAAAUGGUGCAAACAUCGCGGUCUCGAAGAGCAACGUUUUUAUGAAAUGUCAAAAUUAAAACAACAAUUUGAGGACUUGUUAAUUGAUCAUGGACUGAUGAAAAAAUCAAAUAUCCAAUCAAACAGCAUUGAACGCGAUGAGCGAAACGAACUUCUUAAAUUAAAAAGAGAACAUAGUUUGCAGUCUAAUCGUAAACGUAAAGUACUUAAGUUGGAAAGCAACAACGGUGAUUUGAGCAGUGAGAGUGACGACAAUCUUGUCGACAUAAAUGAUAUUAAUUUUAAGUUACGUCAUAACUUGUCUUCACUUGAAAAGUCGUCAAUGCGGAAUAGAAAAUUUACACAUCGAGAUAUUAUUUUGCUAAAGUUGAUUCUCAGUAGUGGUUUGUAUCCGCAAAUAGCUGUUCCCGAUGAAACCAAUCCGUGGCGUAAACAAAACGAACAGGUAUUUCAUACAAAAGAUAAGCAGUUUCUUAUGUUGCAUCCGACAUCGGUUUAUUCAUUGCAUCCUGAUUUUCUUGAAAAUCUAUAUAAUACUGAUAAGGCUUCUUCAACUGAUAAACAAACAACUGAUGGACGUUACAUCCACUCUCGUGAACUUUUGUUGUAUGUUUCUUUACUUGAAACAAACAAACCUUAUAUUGUUAACACUGCGCGUGUACCAGCUCUUCAAACGCUUCUGUUGUUAUCUUCAAGUAUUGAUACUAAUUCAGAUUGCUCUACGCUUGUAUUUGAUAAUUGGCUUGAAAUGAGUUUCGAAACAAACUUCGAUACUAAGCUGCUAAUUUCUAGUGUUGUACAAAUAAGAAGCGCUUGGGACAUGCUCCUCGAACAAAAAUUAUGUAUAUAUGAAGACGACGAUGAGAAAGAAAUAGGUAAAAAGUUGAAAUCAAUUACUAAGCUAGAAAACAUUGUGUCUCAAAAACUUGCAGAAUUUAUUGAUACUGAUAUUUCCUAUAAACUUCGAAGGAUUUCUUCUGCUGAAAUUAAACACAUGUUUAUAAAAAGUUUAAAUCCUAAUAAUAUUGAUAAAGAAAAUACCGAAGAUUUACAAGCUCAUCAACUUUUUUCUGGAAAAGAAAAUUCAGAAAAAGGAGGAAUUUCUGUGACGCCAUAUUUAACAUAUGGUUGUGUAGUAAGUGCAUUAGAUUGCAGUGUAUCAUCGGGACAGGCAAAUUUUCUUUGCGAACAUUACCAUUGCUUAAAGUGUGAAAAGCACCUUAUUUGUACUGUUGUUGAACGCAUACAACACGAUAAAGAAUGCGUAUUAAAUUCUUUGGAAGAAGAAUCGGUUGAAAUUUCAGUAAAACUAGAAAAUAAAACGGAAAUUUCAUGCCAUGCUGUCAAGAAAGAAAGUUACUUUUGCGAAGAUUGCAGUGAAGAGUUUGAAUUUUCGGCUGUAGAAAUUCUUAAACAUAAAAAGUUUCAUAAAUGCGAAACAACGGUGUCAAAUAAUUGAAGGAGUCAACAAUAAUUCAUAAAUAGCGAAUUCACAUGUUUAAAGACUUGGUUUUAUAAGGAGAAAUGUAAAUUUAAAAAUGGCGGAAAAUGACGAAAACAAUAAUAGUAGCCUUAAUUAAAAGAACCAUUACUCACGAACCGCUGGGAGUUAGACCUUGAAAUUUUGGGAUUUAUCUUAUUUUAUAAUGUACUUAAUUUUUUGGUCUUCGAGAUAGUUAACUUCCAGACAUGUAGCAAACUCCAAAUAUUUAUAUGUAUAUACUUAUGUCAAAUAAGGAUGCUUUACAAA